UAUAUACAGCCUCCCUCCUCUCUACCCGUCUCAAAGCCAACAAGACCUAGCUAAGCCUUCCUGCCUGCCUGCCUGCCUGCUACUCAGCAACCACCUGAGAGUCAACUUAACAGAGCAUGCCGAAGGUCUACCCCAACGUGCUGCCAUCACCGGCCGAGGCACCGGCAGCGGCGGGGCCGGCGAGAGAGGAUGAGGCGACGACGCUGACGGUGUGGCGCAAGUCGCUGCUGUUCAACUGCAAGGGGUUCACGGUGUUCGACGCCAAGGGCAACCUCGCCUACCGCGUCGACAGCUACGACGCGGAGCCGGCGGGCGCCGAGGUCGUCCUCAUGGACCCCGCUGGCCGCCCAGCCUUCACCGUGCGCCGCAAGCGCCUGAGCCUUGGCAAGCAGUGGCUCAUCUACGCGGGCGAGGAGGCGCGGCGUCCGGUGCACGCCGUGAAGCGCGGCGGCGGCGGCAAGUCGAUGGCGCGCGUGGCGCCGUGCGCGGGAGGAGGCGCCGUGGCGUCGUACGAGGUGGAGGGGUCGUACGCGCGGCGGCGAUGCGUGGUGUACAACGGCGAGCGCCGGGCGGUGGCGGAGGUGCAGCCCAAGGAAGCUGUCGGCUCGGACGUGUUCCGGCUGGUGGUGCAGUCGGGUGUCGACGUGUCGCUCGUCAUGGCCGUGGUGGUGGCGCUCGACCAGGUAUUUGGGAGGCCAUCUUUCCUCAGGAGCUGGUCCCCGUGGAUACACUCCAACAAUUUUAGCCCAAUCUAGUCGACUUUUUGCCCCUUUUCCUUGGGGUUGUGAAUUGGGAUGGUGAAUUCGAUCAGCGUCGGCAUGGGAGCAAAUCAUGCUUGUUCCUUCUUGCCUCAAUUGCCAGGCCAAUUGAGUACGAGUAGUUUUUUUUGUGCAUCACAUGAAGUCCUUCUUGAUUCUCUUUUGGUUUUCACACCAAAAGCCAUCAGUGAAUCUUGUAAAGAGGGACGGAGAUGUAAAUAUCUCAAGAAAGAAAAAAAAAGUUUUAAAACAAAGCUUUCUCAAGGACAAGGAGAUGACGUCUUGUCCUUUGUGAACUA